CCAAAAUUUUUACGUUAGAGACUAAAAUUGUACUUAACCCCGUUAAUUAACUAAAUGAUUAAGAGCUACACUCAGAAACUCAGCGAGUAGAAGAGCUUCGCCAUGAACGCCCCUGACCGUUACGAACGCUUUGUCGUCCCCGAAGGCACCAAAAAGGUAUCGUAUGAGAGGGACACGAAGAUCAUCAAUGCCGCCUCUGUCACCAUCGAGAGAGAGGAACACACUAUAGGCAAUAUUAUUCGCAUGCAGCUGCAUCGAGACGAAAACGUGUUGUUUGCUGGAUACAAGCUGCCUCACCCUCUCCAGUACAAAAUUAUUGUGAGGAUACAUACCACUGGCCGGUCAGACCCAAUGCAGGCAUAUAACCAGGCUAUUAAUGAUCUGGACAGGGAACUUGAUCACUUGAAGAAGUCAUUUGAGGACGAGAUGGUGAAGUUUUCAAGGGACUAUUGAUGUACAUUCUAGAUGGAAAAUUUUCCCUUUAGCCUUUGCUGGAUAUGAAACUUGUUAAAGAUGUUUCUUUUGGACCAAGGAACUUCUACAGUGGUGAACAAUUUCAAUGUUAACAAAACUAUUGAAGGAUGAUUUGCAUUGUACUAAGCUAAUUAUGUUUAAAAAGGAAAAAUCCUGUCACAUGAACCCUGUUUCUCUCCCUGAAUCUUGAAUGUGAAUAUAUCCUUUUUUUAAUUGA